AGAGAGAUUCAUUCUUGUGCUUGGAGACGAAUCUCAAUUUUAGGAAAUGAUGAGGAAAUGAGGGGCUGAGAUUGACCUCUGUGGGAUCUGAAUCCCCGAUCCUUGAACGAAACCCUAAUAGUCUGGGAUGCUGCUUCGGUUCGAUUUUUGAGUUCAAUUUCAUUUGACUAAAUCCAUUUUCGUUGUUUGCGUUCUUCUUGUCUGAUUUCCCGUCCCGUCUCCCUCUCCCGUCUCUCGUUCCCGUUCCAAGGGAAAUACCAUACCAUAGAAUGCCGUCGCUUUCGGACGUCGAUCGGCAAAUCGAGCAGUUAAUGGACUGCAAGCCUCUGUCGGAAACGGAUGUCAAGACUCUCUGCGAUCAGGCUAGAGCUAUUCUUGUCGAGGAAUGGAACGUACAGCCGGUAAAGUGCCCGGUCACGGUUUGCGGUGAUAUUCAUGGACAAUUCUAUGAUCUUAUUGAGUUAUUUAAGAUUGGGGGGAAAUCUCCAGACACCAACUAUCUUUUCAUGGGCGACUAUGUUGAUCGCGGUUACUAUUCAGUGGAGACUGUAACACUUUUAGUGGCUCUUAAGGUUCGUUACAGGGAUAGAAUUACCAUCCUCAGAGGAAAUCAUGAAAGCAGGCAGAUUACUCAAGUGUAUGGUUUCUAUGAUGAAUGUUUGAGGAAGUAUGGAAAUGCCAAUGUUUGGAAGCACUUCACUGACCUUUUUGAUUAUUUACCCCUCACUGCCCUUAUUGAGAGCCAGGUUUUCUGUUUACAUGGAGGACUCUCCCCUUCUUUGGAUACAUUGGACAACAUUCGUUCAUUAGACCGCAUACAGGAGGUUCCACAUGAAGGACCUAUGUGUGACCUAUUAUGGUCUGACCCAGAUGAUAGAUGUGGGUGGGGAAUAUCUCCACGUGGUGCUGGUUAUACCUUUGGGCAGGACAUAGCUUCUCAAUUUAAUCAUACCAAUGGUCUUACCCUCAUUUCAAGAGCUCACCAACUUGUCAUGGAAGGUUACAAUUGGUGUCAGGAGAAGAAUGUGGUGACAGUAUUUAGUGCUCCAAACUACUGUUACCGAUGUGGGAACAUGGCUGCAAUACUGGAAAUUGGGGAGAAGAUGGAUCAGAACUUCCUUCAAUUCGAUCCAGCACCACGCCAGAUCGAGCCCGACACUACUCGAAAGACUCCUGAUUAUUUUUUAUGAUCAAUCAUACACAAAUUCCAUCCAUCACUGGUUUGUUUUUCCAUUCUCUGCUAUACCUUAGAUGAUGAUGUGCCUCUGAGGAAGGCCACCAAGUUUUCUCAUCUUUUUUUUUCUUCUAUAUUUUGUUUUCUGUAUUAUUGUUGUAUAUGUAAAAAAAAAGUACUAAAGAAACAGCUGUUACUGUAAUUUUUCUAGACAACCAUUUUUAAUGAUGGAUAGAAGAAGAAGAGAAAGCCUUUCCUCUGGUGUCUAGAGUCCACACACAAUUGCUUGCAAGCUUAAAGAAGCACACUAUUUUCAUUUGUCCAAAUUAGUUAUUUCAGUUGGUUUUGUUCAAUUUAGUCUAUAGUUAGUGAGUUAGUUACUUUUGAUUUCUUUUAAUUUAUAGUUACACUUGAUGUCCUA